ACGAACAUCAUCAGUAAGAUUUACUUGGAAUUUUGAAGAGAAAAGUGAUCAGGAGAUGGCUUCAGCUCAAGUUCAGCUCCCACACAACCUCCAUGCCAUUCUGAAAGAGGGAGACUCCCAGAUUGACGCCUCCUGCGACAAUCUGAUUGAAAACCUCCAGGCUGGAAUCUUCUUGAACCAAAACAAACUGAAGUUUUGGGUUGACAGGCUUUUGUUGGCUAACGCCUUCGACAUUCAUGCAAAGGGUCUCAUAAUCUAUGGGGGACAUGAUCCAAGUUGCUGGCAAUGGGACACAGUUGGGGCUGUACUAUUGCGCAUCGAUUGGCUUGACGUAAGAGGGAAAUUCCCUGCCAAAAACCUCACUCCAGGGAUGGUUUACCAAGUUUCGUUUGUGUUAAUGAUGAAGGACGGAGAAUAUGGAUUUGCAAAUCAUCCAGUGAACUUUGAACUCGCCAUUCCCAAUUACCAUGAGACUAUUGAACGCAAAGAGGAUCUGAGUAAGUUGCCUAAAAACAAAUGGACAAAGGUCCGAGUUGGCGAGUUCAUUACAUCUUGCAAUAUGACUGGGAAUUUGGAAAUCUCAAUGUUUGAACAUGGUCCCCAGUUGAAGGGUGGGCUGAUUGUCAAUAAGAUUGAAAUCCGCCCAGUGCGUAGGCAGUGCCAGAACUGAGAAGGGGGAUAAUCAACGAUGAGACAUUUGCGAGACUAAAAGUUACUAGAUAUUAAAUAAUUUAGUUGGACUGUGUCUCAUCGUGUACUUUCUCUUUAUGACUAAUAUUGUAAUAAAUAAAACUGAGACUUCACGUUUCCGAUAAUAAUAAAUAAAAGCAAUAGUAUCAGAUUGCUUCAUAAAAAUGUC